GUCUCUUUUGCCACAGUGGCUGCAAUCCAAGAAGCCGACGAUGCUAAACUUGCUGCGGAGCUGAAUGAGGAAGCAGUGCUUUCAACAAAUCAAAAACUUGGACUGGUUUGCGCCCUCAUUGAGGAUGGUGCGUGGCCGCUGGCAAAAAUACUCAUAGACAGAUUGCCCGAGUACUAUGCAGUGCAAGCAAGGUUAGCGCUUCUUAUUUCAUUCAUCAAAUAUGGUUCCGUUUUCAUACGCGUCAGCAACGCCAUCUCGGACCUUAUUGGGCAGGUUAUAGAAAAAUUCUAUAUGGAAAAAUGUUCUAACAAGCUGGAGGAUUUGAGCCUCAAUACAAAACGUGAUUCCUUGAAGACGUCGUCAUUAGAUCCAGUCCGUUCAUGGUCUGAUCUUGCGUCUCUUACCUCGAUACUGUGGUACGUGGGACCUCGUUUGGCUUAUCGUCCCCUUAUUAUGACAAAACUUGUUCGACUAAUUGUCGCCUUCUAUCGUGAACAACCAAAAGGACCAGAUGGAGCACCAGCAGAUUCACCAGUAGCUCGUACUAUGAUGGAUAUUGUGGACGAAGUAAUAGUGCCUGGAUUAUCGCUCUCUGAUUACAACACUGGACUGUCCGAAGAAAUAUGGACGCUUCUACAGUUCUUUCCUUAUACGCUACGCUAUCGACUAUAUGGACAUUGGAAGUAUGGCAAUACGAUUCGUCAUCCUGAAGUAAACAUCAUGCGAGGAAAAGUUCUUGGUAGAACAAAAUAUGUGCUGAAACGACUUUCGAAGGAGACAGUGCGAGUGAUGGGCCGGCAGCUGGGGAAAUUGUGUCACAUUCAUCCGAUAACGGUCUUUGACUACUUGCUCAGUCAGGUAAGUACAAAUGAUUCUCUUCUACCCCUCUACCAAUACUUGGCGCUUUGAAG